AUGGCUGAAGGGCGUGCAGACACAGCACCAUCCCUGGACACACUCAGCCUCUGCCAGCUGCUGGAACUUGCCAUUGGGUCACCCGAGCAUGGCACCGUCCAUUUUGCGGCCAUGCGAAGGCUGCUGGAGGCUCUGCUGGUGCACCUGAAUGUGCAGUACCUGACUGCCCAGGAUCCGUGGCCGGGCUUGCCAAGUGGCCCCUCACUUGCUGACAUGGUCACUGGCAUGGAACAGAUGAAGAAAGAGAUUCAAAACUACCAAAAAAAGGCUAGGGGUCAUCAAGACGUUAUUGGUGGGAUAAAGGCAGAAAAUACCCGCAUGUCUGAGGUCAUCAAGAACAUCCAGGAGGCACAGGCAACGGCUGCUGCCCAGCAUCUUCAGGAGACAGAGAGUUUAAAGAUUUCCCAGCGUCGCCUGAUAGAGGACAUGAAGAAGAUCCAGAACUCACGGGAUGAGGACAUGCUUGCCGUCCAGGACCUCCGGGAGGAGAUUGACAAGAUAAAGAUGGCACUGGCCUUCUUGGAAGAAGAAAUAAAGAAGAUAAAGGAAGCCCUUGCCUUAGUGAGCUGCUGGGUGGUGUCAUCUUUGGGCUCUCAUGGGGAACUUCAACAUGGCUCCACAAGCAGGAUGAAGAAGCUGGAGGAGGACAUUAAAAAGCUGAGGACAGAUACAGCCAAGUGGAAAGAAGAGAUUAACAAGGAGAUCUCUCAUAAAAUUGAGUAA